AUGAAGGAAAUUACAGACCUCUAUCAACAAAGAUUAAACAGAUAUUUGGUAGAGAAUGACAAAAAGAAAGAUACUAAUGAGGAAAGUCAGGAUAUAAAGAACUGUAUGAAAGAAGCAGUAAACGAGAUGGCUCCUCUUUGGAAGAGGAUAUUGUGUCCUUGCCGAGAAUGUGAGGCAGACGAAGAUGAAGGAAGUGAUCAUCAACAGGACGAAACGAAGGCCGAAAGAGCUGUGGCACACAGUGACCAACGUCGAGCUGAGGACGCGGAAGGUGACAGCCAGGCUGGGGGUGAUCAAACUCAAGGUAACAGCUAUGGAGGAGCUUAUUCCGUGGCAAGAGAUCUCCAUGAUGGAAGUAAAGAUGUGAAGGGCAAUGACCAAACUCAAUAUCAUGACACAGAACAUGUCAGGUGCAAUAGUAUUUAUGAUGUGGCAUGGGGCACUUUGGUUAAAGAUGGUGUCUCAAAUAGCAAUGGCCACAAUGCACUUAAUGCUACUGAAGGUUACAGAGAUACAGAAGCAGCAUCUGCCAACAUAAGUGGGGGGAAAUAUUAUAAAGCCAGUGAACGUUACAAAGCUAGUAAUGAUGCAGGUGACAGCGGAGAUGGAGACAAUGACAAGGCAGCUGUCAGACAGAACCAAGGCCAUGAUUUGAAAGAAAAAGCCACUUAUCAAAGUGAACAUGCUGCAGGUGACAGCACUGAUGGAGACAAUGAUAAGGCAGGUGCCACACAGAAUCAAGUCCAUGAUUUGAAAGAAAAAGCCACUUAUCAAAGUGAACAUGCUGCAAGUGAUAGCACUGAUGGAGACAAUGAUAAGGCAGGUGCCAGACAGAAUCAAGUCCAUGAUUUGAAAGAAAAAGCCACUUAUCAAAGUGAACAUGCUGCAGGUGACAGCACUGAUGGAGACAAUGAUAAGGCAGGUGCCAGACAGAGUCAAGUCCAUGAUUUGAAAGAAAAAGCCACUUAUCAAAGUGAACAUGCUGCAGGUGACAGCACUGAUGGAGACAAUGAUAAGGCAGGUGCCACACAGAAUCAAGUCCAUGAUUUUCAAGAAAAAGCCACUUAUCAAAGUGAACAUGCUGCAGGUGACAGCACUGAUGGAGACAAUGAUAAGGCAGGUGCCACACAGAAUCAAGUCCAUGAUUUGAAAGAAAAAGCCACUUAUCAAAGUGAACAUGCUGCAGGUGACAGCACUGAUGGAGACAAUGAUAAGGCAGGUGCCACACAGAAUCAAGUCCAUGAUUUUCAAGAAAAAGCCACUUAUCAAAGUGAACAUGCUGCAGGUGACAGCACUGAUGGAGACAAUGAUAAGGCAGGUGCCACACAGAAUCAAGUCCAUGAUUUGAAAGAAAAAGCCACUUAUCAAAGUGAACAUGCUGCAGGUGACAGCACUGAUGGAGACAAUGAUAAGGCAGGUGCCACACAGAAUCAAGUCCAUGAUUUGAAAGAAAAAGCCACUUAUCAAAGUGAACAUGCUGCAGGUGACAGCACUGAUGGAGACAAUGAUAAGGCAGGUGCCACACAGAAUCAAGUCCAUGAUUUGAAAGUAAAAGCCACUUAUCAAAGUGAACAUGCUGCAAGUGAUAGCACUGAUGGAGACAAUGAUAAGGCAGGUGCCACACAGAAUCAAGUCCAUGAUUUGAAAGAAAAAGCCACUUAUCAAAGUGAACAUGCUGCAGGUGACAGCACUGAUGGAGACAAUGAUAAGGCAGGUGCCAGACAGAGUCAAGUCCAUGAUUUGAAAGAAAAAGCCACUUAUCAAAGUGAACAUGCUGCAGGUGACAGCACUGAUGGAGACAAUGAUAAGGCAGGUGCCACACAGAAUCAAGUCCAUGAUUUUCAAGAAAAAGCCACUUAUCAAAGUGAACAUGCUGCAGGUGACAGCACUGAUGGAGACAAUGAUAAGGCAGGUGCCACACAGAAUCAAGUCCAUGAUUUGAAAGAAAAAGCCACUUAUCAAAGUGAACAUGCUGCAGGUGACAGCACUGAUGGAGACAAUGAUAAGGCAGGUGCCACACAGAAUCAAGUCCAUGAUUUGAAAGAAAAAGCCACUUAUCAAAGUGAACAUGCUGCAGGUGACAGCACUGAUGGAGACAAUGAUAAGGUAGGUGCCACACAGAAUGAAGUCCAUGAUUUGAUAGAAAACCCCACUUAUCAAAGUGAACAUGCUGCAGGUGACAGCACUGAUGGAGACAAUGAUAAGGCAGGUGCCAGACAGAAUCAGGUCCAUGGUUUGAAAGAAAAAGCCACUUAUCAAAGUGAACAUGCUGCAGGUGACAGCACUGAUGGAGACAAUGAUAAGGCAGGUGCCACACAGAAUCAAGUCCAUGAUUUGAAAGAAAAAGCCACUUAUCAAAGUGAAUGUGCUGCAGGUGACAGCACUGAUGGAGACAAUGAUAAGGCAGGUGCCACACAGAAUCAAGUCCAUGAUUUGAAAGAAAAAGCCACUUACCAAAGUGAACAUGCUGCAGGUGACAGCACUGAUGGAGGUGCCACACAGAAUCAAGUCCAUGAUUUGAAAGAAAAAGCCACUUAUCAAAGUGAACAUGCUGCAGGUGACAGCACUGAUGGAGACAAUGAUAAGGCAGGUGCCAGACAGAAUCAAGUCCAUGAUUUGAAAGAAAAAGCCACUUAUCAAAGUGAACAUGCUGCAAGUGAUAGCACUGAUGGAGACAAUGAUAAGGCAGGUGCCACACAGAAUCAAGUCCAUGAUUUGAAAGAAAAAGCCACUUAUCAAAGUGAACAUGCUGCAGGUGACAGCACUGAUGGAGACAAUGAUAAGGCAGGUGCCACACAGAAUCAAGUCCAUGAUUUGAAAGAAAAAGCCACUUAUCAAAGUGAACAUGCUGCAAGUGAUAGCACUGAUGGAGACAAUGAUAAGACAGGUGCCAGACAGAAUCAAGUCCAUGAUUUGAAAGAAAAAGCCACUUAUCAAAGUGAACGUGCUGUAGGUGACAGCACUGAUGGAGACAAUAAUAAGGCAGGUGCCACACAGAAUCAAGUCCAUGAUUUGAAAGAAAAAUCCACUUAUCAAAGUGAACGUGCUGCAGGUGACAGCACUGAUGGAGACAAUAAUAAGGCAGGUGCCACACAGAAUCAAGUCCAUGAUUUGAAAGAAAAAGCCACUUAUCAAAGUGAACAUGCUGCAGGUGACAGCACUGAUGGAGACAAUAAUAAGGCAGGUGCCAGACAGAAUCAAGUCCAUGAUUUGAAAGAAAAAGCCACUUAUCAAAGUGAACAUGCUGCAGGUGACAGCACUGAUGGAGACAAUGAGAAGGCAGGUGCCACACAGAAUCAAUUCCAUGAUUUGAAAGAAAAAGCCACUUAUCAAAGUGAACGUGCUGUAGGUGACAGCACUGAUGGAGACAAUAAUAAGGCAGGUGCCACACAGAAUCAAGUCCAUGAUUUGAAAGAAAAAUCCACUUAUCAAAGUGAACGUGCUGCAGGUGACAGCACUGAUGGAGACAAUAAUAAGGCAGGUGCCACACAGAAUCAAGUCCAUGAUUUGAAAGAAAAAGCCACUUAUCAAAGUGAACAUGCUGCAGGUGACAGCACUGAUGGAGACAAUAAUAAGGCAGGUGCCAGACAGAAUCAAGUCCAUGAUUUGAAAGAAAAAGCCACUUAUCAAAGUGAACAUGCUGCAGGUGACAGCACUGAUGGAGGCAAUGAUAAGGCAGGUGCCACACAGAAUCAAGUCCAUGAUUUGAAAGAAAAAGCCACUUAUCAAAGUGAACAUGCUGCAGGUGACAGCACUGAUGGAGACAAUGAUAAGGCAGGUGCCACACAGAAUCAAGUCCAUGAUUUUCAAGAAAAAGCCACUUAUCAAAGUGAACAUGCUGCAGGUGACAGCACUGAUGGAGACAAUGAUAAGGCAGGUGCCACACAGAAUCAAGUCCAUGAUUUUCAAGAAAAAGCCACUUAUCAAAGUGAACAUGCUGCAGGUGACAGCACUGAUGGAGACAAUGAUAAGGCAGGUGCCACACAGAAUCAAGUCCAUGAUUUGAAAGAGAAAGCCACUUAUCAAAGUGAACAUGCUGCAGGUGACAGCACUGAUGGAGACAAUGAUAAGGCAGGUGCCACACAGAAUCAAGUCCAUGAUUUGAAAGAAAAAGCCACUUAUCAAAGUGAACAUGCUGCAGGUGACAGCACUGAUGGAGACAAUGAUAAGGCAGGUGCCACACAGAAUCAAGUCCAUGAUUUGAAAGAAAAAGCCACUUAUCAAAGUGAACAUGCUGCAGGUGACAGCACUGAUGGAGACAAUAAUAAGGCAGGUGCCACACAGAAUCAAGUCCAUGAUUUGAAAGAAAAAGCCACUUAUCAAAGUGAAUGUGCUGCAGGUGACAGCACUGAUGGAGACAAUAAUAAGGCAGGUGCCACACAGAAUCAAGUCCAUGAUUUGAAAGAAAAAGCCACUUGUCAAAGUGAACGUGCUGCAGGUGACAGCACUGAUGGAGACGAUAAUAAGGCAGGUGCCAGACAGAAUCAAGUCCAUGAUUUGAAAGAAAAAGCCACUUAUCAAAGUGAACAUGCUGCAGGUGACAGCACUGAUGGAGACAAUGAUAAGGCAGGUGCCACACAGAAUCAAGUCCAUGAUUUGAAAGAAAAAGCCACUUAUCAAAGUGAACAUGCUGCAGGUGACAGCACUGAUGGAGACAAUGUUAAGGCAGCUGUCAGCCACAAUGAAAAGCAUGAUUCGGAAGCCAACAGCUCUUAUCAAAGUAAUGAUAAUGCAGGCAACACCAUUGAUGAUGUCAAUCAUGUGGAAGGUGUCAGCUGCAAUGUAGAGUUUGAUCUGAAAACUAAUGGCUUUAGUGAAAGUGGUCUUUUUGAAGGUGAGAUCUACGAUGGAGCAAACGAUGCUGCAGAUGUCAUCUGCAAUAGUGGGCAUGAUUUGGAAUGCAUUGGUGAUGACAAAAAUGGUGAUGCCGCAGGAGAUAAUCAGGAUGCAGUUGAUGAUGUAGUAGGUGUUGACCUUUCUAGAGAUGUUGAUGUGGUUGUCUCUCAUGCCUCCACAGAGGUGUUGUUUGAAGAAACAGCUUUUCCUUCAGAGGGACAAGUAAUCAAUUUCGCAGACCCUCGACCUUUUCGCUGCAGCUUUUUCGCUAACUGGAGCCCCAGCUAA